AUGGCGCAACUCAUCCGCUCAGCGAAGUCUGGCAACGAUUGGACCGACAACGAGCUUUUUGCCUUCAACAUCUCUAUCCAAGAUGUCGACAUUGCAACGUUCUUUGGCGUGCCCCAGCUGCCUCCAACCACGGUUUCUCCAGUCAUUCUCAACAACGUCCACAGGUCCCCUCCUCCCGCCGUUAUCAGCAAAGAGGAGUCGAGGACCGCCUCUUCUUCCAGCCACAUUCUCAGAAUGCUCGACUUCGAUGACAAUGACAGGUCAAUCGUCACGAAGAGGGAGCUGUCCUUCACAAUGUGUGGUAGCCGUGUGUGGACAAAGGCCGAUAUCGCCGUUUUGGAUGACGCGGAGUACCCGCUCAUGGUUCGGGAAGAUAAGCGUACCACAGUGACUGAUGAACCGAAAGCACAGUUAAUUGCUUCAGCAAUUGCUGCGUUCGUGGAAAACAAUCAGCUUCGUGUGCCUCCUCUGGCCCAGCGAACACUCCCUGCCAUGACCAUGGUUGGCUCAUGUCCAGCCUUCUACAAGAUACCGGUCACUCAAUCCUUGGUUGACGCCCUGGUUACUGCCCAGUAUCCAGCAGAGUCGACUGUCGUACAAAGGCUCGUCCCUCUGGUUCCAAACUUGAACCAAUAUCGUAGGCACGGUAUGAAUCCGCUGGGAAACAGCCGCAUCGUCUUUCAGUGUUUGGAGGCUUUGUUCGGAUUUAACGAUCUGAACCACGGGCCCACGCCUCCUACGUGCUGGCGGUUCUUUGGGCUUCGCAUCUACGCCCCCGGCGUUGCAGCGGCUCAGGCCGCCUCAUGGGUCAAACUUCAAUUCCAACUACCUCCAGACAACCAAGUGGACACUGAAUGUCGCGAAGAGGAGCAUGCGUGCAAUGGGAAAUGCGACAAGAUGGAGGCGAGGGCGAGGAAGGACGAGGGACUCAAGAUGGACGAAUCGACUCUUUCUGGUUGA